ACAAAGAGACAGGACUAAUGCAGAGCUGUGCUUAGACUGGGGGGAGAUUUUUCAACAGAGCUGGAUGUCUUUAAAGAUUAAAAUGCUGCGUUUGAGUGAUCAGUGAAAGAUCUAGUCUUCUUCCUUCACAUGGGGACGAAACAAACCGAGGACAACACGAUCCUGGACUUAGCUGUCAUAUUUACAACGUGGUAAGAUGUUUCUCAGCCUGUAAGGUGUCAGUUUCCCCCCUGAUUGGAGCCUAUAUUCCUCCUCAUCAUUUUCUAGGGAAGUGCAUUUCCUCUUGUUGUAAUCAGCUUUACCUGGAAAACCGUUUUGGAUUGGAAACAACUAUUUGACAUUUUCUCAGCUUUUGGAGUGCACAGCUAAAUCACGCCUGUGAAGCCCCUCCUCCUCCUCUUCUCUCCCUCCUCCUCCUCCUCCUGCUGCUGCCACUGUAAGCCUGACAGAGAGCCAAAACACCAGGGAGCUGCUAGUCAGUCUGACACCACUCACUGAGGAAGACAGAGGACCUCCAGAGGAUAGACAAGCACAGCCAGGAGAGGAAGGAUCAUCCUCACCAGUUUCUGAAGAAGAAGGAGUAAAGAGAGUGGACCAGUGAAGGAUUGUACUUUUGGGAUUGUGAGUAAAGACUAAAUCCAGCAGGUUUCCUUCCUUUAAAGUGGAUGUUACACCCCUGCACUACAGCACUAUGGGAGCUUUCUUUUGUAAGCAUGCAAAUGCUUUAGAAGUCCAUGUUUGUGUUAGUUGAUUGAUCAGUUUCUCAGAAUAAUCACAAUGGUUGAGCCGGUGGGGUUUGUAGAGGCAUGGAGAGCCCAGUUUCCUGAGUCUGACCCCCCUUGCAUGGAGCUGAACUCAAUGGGGGACAUCGAACAGGAGCUGGACAAAUGCAAGACCUCUAUCAGGCACUUGGAGAAGGAAGUAAACAAGGAGCGUUUCCGCAUGAUCUACCUGCAGACACUUCUUGCUAAAGAGAGGAAGUCUUAUGAUGGGCAGCGAUGGGGAUUUAAAAGAAUACCCAAGGUGAAUGAUGUAGACCUAUCCGGUGGAAGGUCCCCCACAGAUGAGGUACCAGGUGAGGAACAGCAGAGAAGGACUGGAAGGUCUAUCAGAUGUAAACCACACCCAGAACCAGAAGUAGACGGCGCAUCCCCGGCCAAACAGAAAGGUGGGAUAUCACCUGUUCGUCAGGAGUCAGAUAUUCCUGAUUUCCCUCUGGGUACCGGCUCGGUAGCAGCUCUGAGAUCCAACUUUGAGCGCAUCAGGAGGGCCAACACUCACACGGCGGCGGACUGCAGAGGGAUGGGCGGUCAGGAGAAACCCUUUUACGUGAACAUGGAGUACCAUCAUGAGCGAGGGCUGGUCAAAGUCAACAACAGAGAGGUGUCAGACAAGAUCAGCACCCUGGGAUGUCAGGCCAUGCAGAUGGAGCGGAAGAGGUCUCCGCACUCCCUUCCAGGGAACUUGUCAGCUGCCACUGGGGACAUCAGUAAAACAUUUCAGAGGGGGAGAUCCAUUGAGGGGAACUGCGGCUACAACGGGUCAUGUGAUGAUGCCGAGGUCAACCCGCACCACCUGAAAGACGGUGUGACCCGAAUUGGGGGAAGGCCUGAGCGGCACUCAGCGGAGUGCCAGCCUUACACCAGUGUGUACGUAGGGGGAAUGAUGGGCGAUGGGGACACUAGGGUCAUCCACAUUAAGGACCACAGCAUCGAGGAGGACUCCCACCUCACCUGGCCUCGGCGUUCCUACUCUCCCGGCAGCUUUGACGAUGUAGGAGGAGGCUACACACCCGACUGUAGCUCAAAUGAGAACUUGACAUCCAGCGAGGAGGACUUCUCCUCGGGUCAGUCCAGCCACGUGUCCCCUAGUCCCACCACUUAUCAGAUGUACAGGAACAAAAGCCGUUCACCCUCACAGCACUCCCAACAGUCCUUCGACAGCAACAGUCCACCCACAUCCCUGUCUCAGAACCGGCUGAAGCAACAAGGGAUGGUGUCUGAGGCUGCCAUCAUUGGGGUCCGGAGAAAAGGCCAGAUCUGGCCAAGUGAUGGGGACUCCACCAUGUCCAGCAGGACUUCUCAUGACAACAGUGUUCAAGGAGAUCUGGGUAGGUCUUGGAAAACACAUAUUGAACAAUAGAGUUGUUCAUCACGCUUUCAUUUUCAGGAUUACAAAGUUUUGUGAUGAUCAGACACAGAUUUACGAAAAAGCCUCUCUGAUCUCUGUCUGUAAGAUGUCUGUGCUUGCCCAGCCUUGCCUUGUGUUGCAAUGACUGAAAACCACACGUGCCGUCUUUCAAUGAGGCCUGAUAUUUGACUUCCUAUAAUCAACCCGUCCUCCUUUUUUGAAAGAAAUCCAGGGUUACUGUGUUUUUAGUUUUGCUUAAGUACUUGCCAGGGUGUUAUUAUUUCACUUUAGUGGAUUUUCAGCAGGUUUACCCUGGAGAAUUCAAGCUUUAUACUGAAAGUAGGCCAGUAUGAUGGAAUUAAUAUUCUUGUGCUAUUAAAGGGAUAUUCUGGCAAAAAGUUAAUUUAGGGUCAAGCACACCAUAACACCAAGUUAGACACCCCCUCGAGAGAUGAAUCUUGCAAACCAACUUCAACAACGACCGCAGGAUAGCAAUACACAACGGUCUCAGGAGCCAUGAACAAACCUCAACCAAAACGCCACUCUAUAGCCACAAAUAAUGUUUAGAACAGCACCUAACUUCAUCAACAAAACAGCACCUAACUUCCUUGUUUGUAGCAAGACCCCGGGCCAGUCCAUUACGGACUUCAGCAGAGUUUCACAGCUCAAGGAAGAACAUUUAUGAUCAUUUCUUCAUGGAAAUGCAAUCAGACCGAGACGCUAAGGCAGAAGAACUACUGCCUCUGCAGUGCAAAAUAAAUAAUAUGAUGACUAUUACUUCAAGGAAAUGAUAAAAAAAAUUAUCAUCAAUGUUCUUCCUUGAGCUGUGUCACCCCACUGUAGUCCGUAAUGGACUGGCCUGAGGUCUCGCUAAAAAUAAGCGGCUGCUGGAAGAGAGUAGGUGAGUUGUGUUUAGUCUCUUUGCUAAAGAAAUUAGUCAAAGUUAAAAAGAUGUUUGGUGGCUAGGACCCUGUAGGUACUGUUGAUGAAGUUAGGUGCUGUUCUGAGCAUUAUUUGUGGCUGUAGAGUGACUCUGUGUUCCUAUCUGUGGUCGUUAUUAAAGUUGGUAUAACUAGAGAAGCAAGCGGUCGGCAACAUUCAUUUCUCGAGGGGUUUGUUUAACUCUUUCAUGGUGUGUUUGACCCUAAAUUAAUUUUACGCUGGAAUAUCCCUUUAACUAGAUAUUUUGAUCUCUGUACAUAAUGUAUCCACAAUGCUUGGCAGGAAUGUAAAACCAUCCCGGAUAAGAAUUGGCAGCUCCUGCACAUUAAAGUCUGAACAGGCCGUAAAAGUAAACCUGGCAGGAUAUGGUCCGGAUUCACAGAAUGGCCUUAAGAUGCACUGAUUCUCCACAGGAACACAGCGAUUCGGAGGUUUUCUUUACCCUUUGUAAGCCAGCCUGCCCUCUCUCUCUCUCUUUUACCCCCUUCUGCUCUUUGCCCGCUGAGUGCUUCAGCACUCUCGCAGAGAUGCUCUGCCUGAGACAGCGGCUGCCCCCAGGCCUCCCAGUCUCUCAGCCCUAUCCACCCUGAAUGUUUUCGUGUCAGCACACAUCAGUGUUGUUGUCCUUGGUGCAGAGUAAUUAACUUAAAGGGGUUUGUCUAGCGUGAUAAAUUUAGGGAGGCUCUUUGUUACGGGAGGCCGGUAGAAGAAAAAGCCCUGACAACUCACUCAAAAAAGAGGAUCGAGGGGCUUAAAGUGUGUCAUGCAGCUUCUAAUCAAAACGCCUGCCAUCAGUGCUUCCUGUUGUUAUGUGUGAACACAAUAGGAGAAUCACUCAUUGAGCACAAGUAUUGACAUGCUAACAAUAUAACAAUGUUAAGAAGGAUAAAGAGAAAGGUUCAGGCAACUUAGUGAUGCCAAGGACAGAAGGAGAGGCGGGAGUGUGUGUUCCUCUGCGACACGGUUUGUCAACUAAAACGACACAUGAGGACACAUCAUAUUGUUACAGGUUGAUGCCAGAGAGGGAUUGGGAUAGAGGACAUGUUUGAGGAUUGGAGCUGGAAAAAUGUCUGCUUCUGCCCAAAAAGAGUGUUAUCCAGUGUGGGUCAGAUUAAGCAGAUGAGCAGAAUAGUGUGUUGUUAUAUAAAGUGAUCCAAUCCCAAAGCUCUGCGACACAAAGCAUGUGACGAACAAGCAGAUCGUCCGUGAUAUAACCGUCUCGAUGCCUUCAGCUCGAUCUUUGACUCAAUCUGACCUACAAGCGCUUUUCAGAGAUGUCUCCAUCUCAAUCUCAGUUAAAAGAUUGGUACCAAUGUAGGUCUAACUUUUGAUGGUAAUCAUGAACUGGUUGCAAACACAUUGGUUAUUUAGCAUUAGCAACCUUGUACGUCCAAACCCGUCCAACAGCAGUAAAGAAACUUUGAUUUCUUUACAAGGCAGUAGCAGUAGAGCUGCAUUCAGUAUUACCAAUAUGAUACAAGAUCUGAAAACUUGCAACGUGCAACAGGAGAUCAUUAAAGAUGGACUUAUAUAGGAUAAAUAUCGUAGAGAGAGUGAAGGUCAGAAAGGUGAGAGAGGAGGUGAUUGAACAGCUCUAUUAUCUAAGUAUCAGGUUGGGACUUUAACAGAUACUCAAAACAUCAGAUCUGGAUUUGGGGUCUAAAAAAUCAGAUUGUUUGGAUUGUACUAAAACAAUCCUGCAAAGACUUUCUUCAACUUAAAAGGAACUUGAGUUAGACUUAUAAAGAAAGAUAAAAAUCUAAAAUACCCUGAAUUUUUUAUUUAAUCUUUAAAUGGAAUAAUAGAUUUUUCAUUUCCAACUAUCUUUUCUUGGUAAGAUUUCGACUUAAUUCAAGAGAUAUCUCAGUUAUAAUUGGAGUGACGGCUGAGAAAUGUGGUUAAAAGAUGGAGAAAGCUGAUAGGCAUGAGUCAUGAAUCUUUUCUGUCAUAACAGGAUAAAUUUGACUCUCUUAAUACAGCGAAAGAAAACAUGGCAUGCCAGUAAACAGACCCUUCAGAUGUGAAAUCUGUUGAGUUCAUGCUUAAAUGUUCUAUACUGCAGAGCCUGGGGUGCAGCUCGACUCCAGAGGACACUUGUUGUUGACAUAAUGGCACAGCUGCCCCAUGUGGACCUUGCUUUGUGGAUUAGCCGAAGUCUGGAUUUAUUUUCUCAUGUUGUAAUAACGUUAUUGUGCACGUUGCUGGAUUAGACCUCGGGCAGGGAGUCGGUUUGGGGCAAGUUUUUGCAAUAAACUGCUCUUUGUUGUGUUUUUUGUCGGCAGCAGUUUGAAUCUUUCUUUUUUUCUCUCUCUCUCUCUUUUUUAUGUGGUUAGCGUCAUAAAGCACUCCAGCAUUCACUGAAAUCUUUUAAAUCUGCCUAAUAAAUCUGACUUAAUCUCAGUGUUGUGAAGACGCUUUGUGCUCUAGUUAGCUGAGUGUUGUGCAACUCUUUGACAAAGCUUUAUGAGCCACGCAGCACCUGAGAAAUGUCAACCGUUUUACUUCUGUCGGCUUUCUGGACUGUUGGAUUUACUUUUGUUUCUGCGCAAGGAAAGACUGAAAGUUACAGGAGUUUUUGUCUCUGGAAACUGCAAACAAUCUGAACCUAAAUCGACAACAAAUCAAAUAUUAAAACAUAAAAAAAAUGUGAUUGCUUUAUGAAAAGACUGAGUAAGCUGUAGAUGUUCACUCUUCUGUUGAAUCACCUCUUCUGUAAACAUUUGGUAACCAAGGAGACCAGGAGGAGUUUUGUAGUCCCAUUCUUGCCUUAUAUAGGAUUUCAGCAGCUGGACUGUUCUGGGUCUCCUUUGUCUGGUUUUAAUUUGACGAUGCGCCACAUAUAUUCAAUGAGCAACAGGUCUGGACUGCAGGCAGGUCAGCUUAGAUUCUGGAUUUUUCUACUGCAGAUCCUCGCUGUUGUUAUACAUGCAGAAUGUAGAAUUAGGGAAGCAUCAAAUAUAAGAACUAUCAUAAAGCAAUCAGUGUUGACUUUUAAAAUGUCUCUGCACUCAUUUCUGUAAAAAUAAAAGGUUUAAACUAUUUCAAAAUCAUCAAAAUGUGUUUAAAUCAACAUUUUUACACUAUUUUACACCCAUAACUUUGCUGCCUGUGUCGUUGAGCAUGUCUGAGUGAAAUCUUGGCAAAACCGCCGCUCUAAAUUGACACAUCUCAUCUCAGGCGAUGUUUCUGUGAAUAGAAGAAUAAGUGUUGUCUCCUGGUUUCUGCUUAUGUAGGCCAAUUGUCAAGCCUGGCUGUGAAUAGAGCUGCUGAUUAGCUUUGGGCUUUUAAGGAGGCCAACUCUCUGAUGGGUCUAUUUUGCCAUAAUUAAUUAUCAUCAUGGCAGUGACGUGCCUGUGGCCGCAGCUUUCUGUGGUGGCUGUGGAGAGGUCUGAGUGUGUCGGCUGUCUCAUUGUUAAUGUAUUACAGUAAGAUGUUGAGGAGGAGGAAGGGGUAGUCCAGGAGGGAGGCAAUAAAUCUCACCAUUAGUUUAAUCAUAGUCCCUUCAGAAAAGUCAAGAGGGUCUUUGAGGUUGCAUUAAGCAGACCCUACAUCAGCCAGGAUAUUAAACAGAUUCUGGAGGCGGACAGGUCUGACGGGGAUGGAUGUCACAUUAAUAGAAGGGGUCUGUCUCCAAGGCGAUGAAGUCUGUCUGAAUGUUUCGACCUCAGUGAAGAGGUUAGCCCUACUUGCUGCCUCAGCAGGAGUCACACCGGUGCUCGUCUAUAGUUAAUUGCAGACUCAUGAAUAUUUGAGGUCCCUCAUGGAAGCCCAGACAGACCUAUCAUUGUACCUGGAUAUCAACAUCUGAGGUUUAGCGGUCAAGAAAAGGAAAAGAAUUUAGCCUCACCCUUUCCUAGAGUAAAUGUAGGCCUGCAGGAGGAAGCACUGGCAGCUCCUGAGGACAGCAAGGUUUGCCCAUGCGAGGGUGUGUCUAUGUGUGUGUCUGUGUGUGUGUGCGAGUGAGACACCUGUUCCUCUGUGCAGUGUACUGGGUAAAGUGGUCAAAAGCUGGCAGGCCAUCAGUACACCAGGCCAGGCAUCGCCAGCUGCUCUCCCACUAAAAGUUAUGAAUAGCCUUUUUGUUCUGGUGUAUUAGAAAACUGAAUUAAAACAUUUGUUUAGAAACUAUGCGGGACCUCUCAAACUCUGGGAACACACACUCCUAUCAGCUUCUCUCUUCAUACUAAAUACUAAAAGGGACGUUUCCAUAGAAAACCUUAUUAGAAAAAAAAAUCUGUGGCAUGCUUAUGAGCCUGUGGGCCUCCCCCGGUUCAGUGAUCCGCCCUCGUGCUCAGCCUCAGCCCCUCCGGUCCUGCAGUCUCAGCUCCCCUCCCUGGUCCCUCUCAAAGGGCCCUCUGUGCUGCUGGCUGGCAGGCCAAGUGUUUAUGGAAUGUCUCAGCUGCUUGUGGGGUGUGGGGGGAAACGACUAAUGAAAUGUUAAGUGUUGUAUGAGUUCAUCUCUCUCACUACUGCCUGACUCGUGGUGCUUGUUGUUGUUGUUACUGGUCAGAGUUUGUUUGAGAUGAAAUGUUUUCUUAACAGUCGGCAAAGUAGUUCAGAGUGAGAGGAGAGAGUGAUGUGACAGUUUAAUUUAAACACUUCCUUUUACCGUUAGUCAGCUAAUUAACAGGCAGGCCACUAAUUCACAAUUAAACUUUCAUAUUAAACAUCAAAAUAAAUAAAUAAAAACACAAGAGGCCGAGAUACUUUGGUCAUUUUUUUAUUUUUUGAACUCAGACCAGCCUCAAACUACAUUUCCCACAAUGCACCUCAGUCGUGUCUCUAGCUUGAUCAUUGUGCAUUGCAUGGGCAUAAUCAAUGGGUCUCCCGAGUUCAAGUGUCCGCUGUAAAACCUGAGUUGCUAGGCAGAUUAGGAUUCAGCCAAGCACAUGAAAGUGCAUCAGGUGAGGUGUCUUCACUAAUAUUUAAUUUUAUUCAGACACGCAGAUGAAUAUUUGAUUAUACCUGGAGGUCAGUGUGAUUUUUUUAAAUGUCUGAUUAAAUUAGCUGUGUGUUCUUAAUCUGCCUUUAUUAAUCAGCGUCAGCGGCUGUGUUUGUGUUCCCCAUUAACCCCAACAUAAAGCUGUAGGGCUCAAGCUUGGCCAUGCUGCAGUAUGAAUUAAGUGCUUUUUGAAAUAAGUAAGAUAACAGCUCCACUGUUGUAUUAAAGUAUAAGUAAUCUAGGUAUUUUUUGCAGCUAAUCUUUGUCUUUGUGUAUUUUCACAGACUGGAACAAUUAUUGCACUUUGAUUCUCUUGUAUAUGCAGCACAUUACAAGAAGUAGUCUGACCACCCUGAGCUAUUUCGACACACGCUGAUUAGUAGGUGUGCUGGGCUGGGCGGCCCAGUUCUGACCGACAGUGCUCAAUGACUGGCACUAAUUUUAGACCGCUCUACAACAGAUCAGAGGCGAGUGAUGGUGGGCCUCGCUGCCUUCACCGGCCCCUGUGGUUUGCAGGGCCUCCCAAUCCUGCAGACACUGCAGAUGGCCCAAAACGAGAUGAUGAUGAUGUGUUGGUGAACGUUUUCGUGCCAGAAUACACAACCGGUGUUUGCAUUUCCUGUAACAGAUGCCUCACUUACCGUAAGAGGUAAAGGGACACUCCGUCAAUUUCGCUCGUCAAAGUCGAGAGAAUACAACACAGCCUGUGAGAAAAUAGUUGUGUAAUGUGUCCUGUGGCUCUGGAAAGGCUUUGUCAAGUCUGAGAAGUUUAUUCAAGUGACAUCAUGUGAGUAAUCUCCCUGGAUUUGAGAUGGACUACAAAUUCGCUGCCAUGCUGUUGGCUCGGCUCAAGGAUGGUAAUGUCAGUCUGCCGGUCGACCUGAUAAUCCACCGCUCUGGUUCAAAAAGAAAUGUCUCAACAGACGGACAUCCCUGCUCCCCAGAGGAUGAAUCCUAAGGUGUCUGUGAAUUUUAGUCUAUUCAGUGUUAAAAAAAACUGCUCAUAGGAGCUUUAAAAUCUGUUUUUUGAAUGGCACAUUAAAGGGAUAUUCCGGCGUAAAAUUAAUUUAGAGAUGAAUGUUGCCGACUGCUUGCUUCUCUAGUUAUACCAACUUUAGUAACAACCGCAGGAUAGCAAUACACAGUUGUCUAAGGAGCCUUGAACAAACCUCAACCAAAAUGCCACUCUAUAACCACAAAUAAUGCUCAGAACAGCACCUAACUUCAUCAACAGUACAUACAGGGUCCCAGCCAUAGCACUAGCCACCAAACAUCUUUUUAACUUUGUCUAAUUUCUUUAGCAAAUAGACUAAGCAAAACUCACCUACUCUCUUCCAGCAGCCGCUUGUUUGUAGCAAGACCUUGGGCCAGUCCAUUACGGACUACAGCGGGGUGACGCAGCUCAAGGAAGAACAUUUAUGAUCAUUUCUUUAUCAUUUCCUUGAAGUAACAAUCACCAUAUUAGUAAUUUUGCACUGUAGACGCAGGAGUUCUUCUGCCUUAGCAUCUUGGUCUGUUUGCAUUUCCAUGAGGAAAUGAGACCGCUAUGUAUUGCUAUUCAUCUCUCUAGGGGGUCUCUAACUCGCUGUCAUGAUGUGUUUGACCCUAUUUAGUCACCAUGUGGUUUUGGACCAAUUAGGUGCUGACAGGCGGUGAAGGGACCUUCAUUUGAGGCAGGAAUUGUGGGCUCAUCUGGGCUCUUGUGAAUGUCAUAAAGGGUCAUAGCAAAAAUACAGAUAAAUCAAAUUAGAUCUUUUUAUUCCUAACAUGAGACGAGGCUGAGGGUCACCCAAUCCAAAGGUUGAAAAAGCCACUUUUCCUCCCAGUUUUCUCUCCCAACUCCUGCUGUUUCCCCAGUGACUCCUCACUCUUGAGGAGAAUCCAUUUACCGGACCCAUAAAGUGGAGCUGAGCUUUUAACAACAUCACACACUGGCAUCUUCCUCUGCCCUCUCUGCUAAGGUGCAACUUUCUCCCCAGAUCUAUACGACCAUUAGUGAGGCGACAGAAAGGCCAUUCUCCAUUGUACCUUUUCUUUGCUCUGCGGUUCAUUAUACAUGUUUAAAUCUCAUUCACAGCAUUUCUGAGCAGGAUCAAUGUUGGCGUUUUUGUGUGCGGGGUUUAUUUUCAGGAGCUUGUGUUCUAAAUUCUGCCCAUCAGCUGACUGAUCUGUACAUGGAUGGUCAAUAUGUUCCCAGCAGGGAGCGAUAUAAGUGGGCUAUGAUUCCCUCUCUUUUCAGAGCUUUGCUAACACGAGUGUGUGCUCCCCUUGAGCCAUAGAAACACGCUGAUCAGUGGUCAGUCGAUUCAGCAUUGUGCCUUUUCCUGCUUGUGAAAUGGAGGAUUAUAGAUUAUAGAUGUGACUAUUCUAGUUUGAACAUUUUGUGAGAUGAGUGCAUCGCUGUAUUUGCUUUUGAUUGUGUUUUUUUUUAGUUAUAUCUCAUCUGCUGCUCUUCAUCUACAGAUACAGAGUCAGAUCUAAAUCACGUCUAUCUGUCUCCCAUGAUAUUUAUAAAGAAAACUUCAUGUUUCAGUUACAUUCACGUCGUAAAAAGGUCCUCAUAGACUCCAGAGGGAAUUUCCCUUCUUGUCUUGGUGCGGAUGUCGUGUUUAGAAGUACGACCACAUGAUUAUUCCUGUGAUAGUGAAUCUCUGCUGCUGUCUCCGCUGCACAUCUGUCCCUCUUUCUGCCUGUUUAUCAUAGUUCAUCCCUAUGGAUUAGGAUUAAGGCUUGGAGUGUGUCUUGCUUAGUCAUCAAUCAGAGAUACAACCAGUCCCCUGUAUUAAAAAUACCAUGUCUGUGUUCUGGACAGGGCUGUUGUUUACAUGCUGUUGAGUGAUUAUUACCCAGAAUAGGCCUGGAGAAUAAGGAGCCAGUUGUUUGGCUAAGUCCUUGUAUAUCCUUGAGAUCUAUUUCUGGUCGUGCUGCUCCGUGUGAGAAAGACACUCUUACUUGAAUCUUGCUUUUUUUUGCUGAUUUGUUGUAAUCUGACAUCUGUAAGACAAUGACUGGUGGGAAUACAGUCAAAUGAAAUUCUUGAAAAAUGCAGAUUUACAGAGAUCAGACACAGUCCAAAACCAAAUCAGCUUCUCUCUGAUCCCCAGCUCCACACAGCUCAUGACUGCAGCUGUUAGGCUCAGCAAUCUUAUGUAAUGUCAUUACAAUGUAUUUAUCACAGCUCUGUUGCACAGUGGAAAGCUUUUUUUUAAGCUGCAGCAACUUUGGUGAGGGACAUGGAGAAGAUACUGUCGACCUGCAACUAAGAGCUGCUUUGCCAGCCGCGGCGACUGUGUGAUGUUUUUUAGAGCAGGUUGUUGCAUUCAGAGUGAAAACAAGGCAUUAGCAUUAUUUAUUAUUGAUUCUGGUAAUUACACAGUGUUGUUAAAUGCCAAUGUGAGAGAAGGAGAGACUGACUAAACGAUUGAGGCGUCAUGGUAACAUUAUCAGCUGUAUUAAUAAUAAAUCUCCAUGAGCGCACGUAUGUUGGUCAAUAAGCAAUAAUUAUUUCAGUGAUUUAAAAAGGAAUUUUCAAUAAAAGUUCAAUCCGCUUACAAAGCUGCUUUUACAAUUGAGGGAAAGAGGUCAUGUCCUCAGCUGUGGGAAACAAUGGUACACGUGAGUAACGCAGUAUUAGUUUUUUUAAUACUGCUGCGGCUCUUUUAUCAAUGCACCAGUUUUUAUUUCAUAGUUAACGUGCAUUUGUAGACAUGCAAAGUAAUGAUAAAGGAAUUUUAAUUUUUUUUGCAAGUUGCACAAAUGUUUGUUGCUCACAGUUUUUCACUGCAUUCCAGUGCAUGUUAUUAUGACCUCAGUAUAGGGCUGGGCGAUAUGGCCUCAAAUCAAUCACGAGAUAUUGAUCAGUUCACCUCGAUAAUGAUAAAUGGACGAUAACUACUCCACAAGCUGCUCACCCCCUCCCAAGUUAACUUCGUCUACUUCAGCCGCUGCUACAACUUUUGAACCGUCCUCCAUCUCCUCACCUGUCUUUCCCUCUUUGUUAUGGACUAGAUGGGGUGGAGUCACGUCUCAGAUGUACGACAGCGUCUUAAAGGGACAUGAGACCAUAGUCUACAUACACACAUCCAAAACCAACUUUUAAUUAUUUAUUUUUUUGAUACCAAAUAUACUGUUAUGGGCAAAAUGACGGCAGUUAUUGUCGUAAAUUUUGGUAUCAGUACAUUUUCAGUUUAUCGCCCAGCCCUGCAUCAGUAUCAUAGCAUACAUUGUUUUUCUGGUGGAUAAUUAAGGUCAAAGGUGUACAGUAAUAUUGAGUGAUAUCUCAUGAAAGGGUUUAUUUGAGUAUCAAACAUGGAUGUAGACUCACUGACGUCACUCAUUGGUUUCUGAAGUGGAGUUUCGGAGCCUAUUGGAAAUGGUGGCUCAACGUAAAUUGUUGUCAACCUAGGAAGAGGAAGAAUUUGAAGUUUAGGCACUUUAUCUUUCUCACUUAUAGCUGCAGUGUGCUCACCUGUUAGUCACGUCAGCUGUGCCUUUAAUUGUGCAAAACUCGUAACCUUGAUAUCCUCAAAACUAAUGCAGGAGUAGCAGAUGACUUCAUAACAUGAGUCUGGUUCUGCUCGAGGUUUCUGCCUGUUGAAGGAAGUUUUUCCUCUCCACUUUAACUUGAUAAAUGCUGUAAAGUCUUUUACUCAUGUGGCUGGAAAUGGGAAGAGAGUAGAAAUGCUAAAUAGAGUACAGUCUAGACUAGCAUUUUUAAUAAGCAAUUGGCAUUUUAUAAAUAAAGAUUAAUUGAUUGAUAUUCAGAAACAGGGGUUACCCCAUGAUUGAAGCUGAUUGGUGAGAAGACCUUUGGAGACAAGAAGCUCCUCCAGUAUCUAACCGUUAGCUUCUUGUAUGAAAUGCUCCUUUGCUCACUCCAUCUGUUUGGCCUUUGAGGACAAGAAACUGCUUGAUGCAUUUUAGUAUACUCCUCCAUCAGUCAAGUUUGUUCAAAAUUAGUUAUUUUGUGCAUUACGACUUUCCUCUUCUUCUCUAAGCUGUUGCAUUUUGCACAGCCACUCAAUAUAAAACCAAAGCUGGAGACACAUGGUUGAAGAUGUCGGCCUCCAUGGAGAGAAACUUGCCCCUCUCUCUGUAAAAGGCAUUCAAAGUCAAAACACACAUGCUAACUUAAACAAACAUGUGAAUAUUGUAAAUGAUUCCCACCAAAUGUGUUCUGUAAAAGCUGAACUACGUCUUUAAAUGACAGGAACUGAAGUGUCCAAGAGUCUGAGGUUGAUACUGAAAAUAUAAAGUUUUUAAUUGAAUGUUAAAAAAAAAAGAAAAAGAACAGCACGUUUCUUUUGUGGGUUAGUUAAAGUUUUAAAAGAGCAGCCUCUGCUUCAGUUUAUUUGUUCAGGCUGUUAAAAGUGUGGUGUGUUUUACAGCUUCUCCCCAGAGCAAGACAAAUAAAUGACUUUAAAACCGGUUACAAAGACAAAUAAGCAACAUUUAGAAAAUAAAGCUAGACUGAAUAGAGUUAAAUUUACAUUUGUACAGUUAGUAAGACACAUUGUGAAUCAGUUUGUCUGGAUAAAAGUUUGUCUGGAUUGUAAAUAUUUAAUAGUCGGGAGAUAAAUGUGUGAUAGGAAAGGGCGAGGAAGCCGUGUGUGAAAGGAUGACCUUGUGCUGAAAGCCUGUUUCCGCUCUGAGGCAGAUGAAUUGCUGAAUUUUCCGGACAGACCUGCCCGGACACUUCCUCAGAUGCAGUCCUUGUGAUGGUUAGAACAACACUGCUCACUGAGGAUCUGAGAUAGCUCUGCUCCAAAACACCAGAGAGGCCUACAUAAACCCUGAGCCUUUGGAAAAACCCCUGUAAAACACUUCCAGAGAUCCUCCUCUUAUUCUUUUUUUACAGUGUUUGUUCAUGCUCUGAUGCUUUCUUUUCCCUCUGGUACGAGACAGUUUGCAGUCCAGGAGGAGAGAGAGAGAGAAAGAGAGAGAGAGGAUUGUUAUUCACUCAGUGUGGGGCUGAUCUAUAAUCUCACUGGGACACAGAGUGGCCUUUCACAUGGACUUCCCCUGCGCUCUGGAGCUCUUUGGCCUUCAGUCGUCCCAUCCUAGGCAGUCAAUACAGCCGGGGCCCAGUGUGUUUGUUUGAGCCCUUUGUCACGGCCUCUGUGGAUGUCAUCCUGUUAGUCUGACUUUCCAGGCCUCUCCAGGGUGACUCGGCUUGAUCCGCCCCCCUAGUUUCCGGAAUCCUCUCUUUCCUGUUUUCAAGCCGAGGUGAACAAGUUUUGUAGCUUCUGCGAGACACGACCACCUUUUUUUUUUUAUGACUGCUGAGAAGUGUGUAGGAUGAUAAUGAUAGUAAUGAUGAUAAGGGCUGUUGAGUCAGGGGUGUCUGACGAUGAUUACAGCUUACAGAGCUUGUUGAUCCUUGUCUUCAGAUAGCCUCAGAGGUCCUAAAUCACAGAGAUGACAAACACAACACAUGUUUCUGACCUGUUACAUGUGUUUCUGGCAUGUACACACUGUGGUGUAAAGCUCUAGUCUAUUGUUUUCUCGGCUUUGAGACCUCUGUUGCUACACAGUCUCGUGACAUUAGCAUCACUCAGUUGCAGAAGUGUCUUUUUGCGAACCUUUGACCCUAAAACCCUCAGCUGAUGGAAAACCAGCAUGUGUUGCGUACGCCAAAGCCUGCUGCUCUUCGGCAGAGACUCUGUAAUGCGAGUUUAUAAAGGUUCAAAGAGUUUUUUUAAUCCAGACAAGUUCUUCGAUUUUAUUGUCUCUUAAAUAUGCAGGUGUGUCAGCUUCUUGGUUGUUGAUUUAAAACAGAUUUUUAUGGUUUUAAGCAGAAAAAAGGAGUUAAAUAUUUUCUUUUUAUAUCAGUUUAUAGUUAAGAAAUGAACUUUAAUCCCAAAUAAGUUUGGAUGCUGUGUUAAAUGGUAAUAAAAACAGAUUUUGAUGGAUUGCAAAUCAUUUAAAAUCAAUUAUUUUAAUUGAAAAUCGUAUGAAGACAACAGACUAAACACUAAAAAUAACAUGUCUUUUCAAAGAUUUUAGGGUUUGUUCAUCACUGUUUUGCGAAACCAAGUAGUCUAGGAUUUCAAGUUUUAUAUCAGUUUAUAGUUGAGAAAUGAACCUCCAUCCCUUAGAAGUUUGGAUGCUGUUUUGAAUUGGAAUAAAAGCAGAUUUUGAUGGAUUGCGAAUCAUUUAAAACCAAUUAUUUUAAUUGAAAAUUGUAUGAAGACAACAAACUAAACACUGAGAAUUCCAAAUUUAUGAUGGUUUUAAAAGAUUUUAGGGUUUGUUCAUCAUUGUUUUGCAUAACCAAGUAGUCUAGGUUCUACAGUUUUAAAGAUAAAAUGCUUCCCCCUUUUUUGCUUGAUUUAGGAUUUCAGAUGCUCAACAAUUUGGGCUCAUCUCUUAGAAGUUUGGAAGCUGUUUUGAAUGGGAAUGAAAACCAGUUUAGCACCUGUACUUUUCCACUGUGGAGCCAGGCUGCAAAAUGUGUUUGAGUAACUCUCCUUCUUGGAAGGCAUUCAGCAGUAAAGGUGCCGUCCUCUGUGUAGAAACCACCUGCGCCAUGGAAACUUUUGCAUCCCCAGAUCACCACUGAUCUCUCUUCUUAUUGAAGCAGAUAAGAGUCCAAAUACAGAGCAGAGGAAGCAUCUGUAAUGAUGCAUAUGAUGCUGUUAAAAUCACAGUAUAGAAAGGAGGAGCUGAGGUAAUCCACAGAGCUGUCAGCUGAUGUACCGGAGGACGACUUUGUGGCCUUCCUAAACUUACUCAAAGCUCAAUCUGUACUCGAUAAAACAUCAACACACUAAUACUUUGGGUUAUUUAGCACAGUAGUGUGGAGAAAUUGUCGUGUCAAAAGUUGCCAAAUUAUUCAUCAGCAAUUCUCCGACACGGCGUCUGAAACUUUCAUGUCUACCAAGUGGUAGGAUGUUGAGUAUAUCUGUGCAGACUUUUAAUAUAUUUGUAUAAAACAACCAACAUGAGAAUGAAGUGGACUGUGUAAAGGUGUGGCAUUUAAACAACCCUCUGAUACUGUCUUUAAUGAGUGUUUUACAGAUGUCUCAUUUUCCUGCACUCCCCCUGAUGUUUCUCUGCGAUAACUUUCGAGUGUAACGACAACAAAGUAACCUCGUCCUUUUUCACCUUACAGAGACUCCCUAUAAUGAGACCUCAUCCUCGUACGGCUAUGACCUGGAGCCCUCAGAGGAGCAGCAGCCUGCCUCUGACUCUCUAUCCUUCACAGGAUCUCCGUCCUCAUCCCCGAGACUCGGCUCCAAGAGCCGGAACAGCCGAGACACCCAGUCCUCCGGCUCUCUGGAGUCCCAACUCUCGGUAACGUUACUUCUAACUCAUGGAAGAUGUUGACCGUGUCUCUUGGUUUACAGAUACUCAGACAUGCACGUGUUUGCAGGAGGACCACCUCCCUGUUUUGGUCUCUUCAACAGCAGUUUUGGAGUAAUCCUUCAGUAUUAAUAUUUUGUACUAAUCCAGAGUACCGUGUUCACAACGCCUAAAGGAGCACCAAAUUUCCCAUGAAAAUUCCCUCCAGUGAUCUAAUAUUGUCCUUCCAAAGAGUUUAGGGACUGAUGAGAUCCAGAUUGAGAGAAAAGGUCAACAUUUUAACUUAACCUUCCUGGUAAAACAAUAAUUCCAACAUUUCCCAUGAUGCAACUUGAAAGCAUCUGUUGUUAAACCCUCUCUGAAUGACAUCUUUCAAAUCCCGUUUCUCAUACAGGUUUUCCUUUUAUUACUUCUCAUUCCAAUUCGAGUUCAAUCAAUCUCAGCACGUGCUCAGGUUAUAUCCUUUAUGUCCUAGAAGGAACUGUUUAAAGUUCACGGUUUCUUUGGCAAAUGUAUUAGUUAGGACGAUUUUACCCUGACUCUAUAGAAGAGGGCUGGUAUAGAGCAGUGAAAUACCCUUUAAUAUGACAGAUGAGUUGCCAUGCAGCUAGACAUUCAACCAACUACUCCUACUAUAGCAUCUAUCAGCUUACAAUGAAAUCCACAUGAGGGGAGUGCCUUUUAAAAAACACCGCACAAGCUCAGCAAACAUUGUCGAUGAACAGAUGUUUCAAAAAAAAAAAAAAAAAAAAAAAAGGAGGCCCAGCCCCCUCCCUCUUUGGCUCCGUUCCUGCCCUAUCUGUGGUAUCUUCAUCCUCUGAUGUGUAAACGUAAAGAUCUUCAAAGCCCAAACUUUGCCGGGGUGUAAAAAAUAAGGCUUACUAAUAUAAUGGCAGAGCUUGAAAGAGCCAUUCUCACAGCUUCAGCGAGCUCUUAUUCCGACAUGAUAGACAGCAGCGGGAUGACUGAUGGCUUUGACCUGCUUGGAAUAAUAAUAAUGCCUUGACAAGAACCACAUUAUUCAUCCGUAUGAUGCUAGGAGGCUCCUGCGAAGGCCUCCUGGAAUGCAAAACUCCCACAGAGUUUAAUCAAAUCUGGGCACCGUGUAAUACCACAACAAAAAUAAUUGCAGCAGGGGUUUGCAGAGGUGUGUGGGCGGUUUAUUUAAGAGCCUUUUCGCAGGUUUCAUUUCACAUCUUGAAUCAUUGUUAGAGUUUUUUGUCUCGAGAGUUAUCUUGAUUUUCGUAUCAGGUGGAGCUGGAUCAGGAGAAGGGACUGGAGAUGAGGAAGUGGGUUCUGUCAGGGAUCCUGGCCAGUGAGGAGACCUACCUCAGCCACUUGGAGGCCCUGCUGAUCGUAUGUCAACCACUUUAUUUUUUUAUUUUUUAUUUUAUUUUAAACAAGGACAAAUGUAGUGCCUUGAAAAAGUAUUCAUACCCCUUGAGCUUUUUCACAUUUCGUCACUCUACAACCACAAAUUUAUUUAUUUCUUUAAGGGGGGCUGAAUACAAAUGCACAACAGACUUUUUCAGAUUUUUAUUUGUUAAAAUUUCUGAAAACCAUGUAUCAUUUCAAUUCCACUUCACAAUUAUGUGCUACUUUGUGUUGGUCUAUGACAAAAAAUCUCAUACAUAAUUAAAAAAUAUACAUAAACUCAGAAACAGGCAAAGAAAACUAUUACAUCAGUAAAAUAAAAACUAUAAAUCUUCAUCCCAAACUUGUGUUAUUGGUAAUUUUUUGCCAGCCAUCUAGGUCUGGCUUGUUUUUGCUUUUUGUCAUAAUCUUAAUCAGUAAGUAGUAAUAUUUUAGGAAUAUAGUGAACAAUUCAAAUUUAAUAUCCUGUUGAUUUUUGAAAAUAAAAGAUUUCCAAAGAAGCACAGUGGUAUUUAACAUCAUAUUUCCUCCUAUUGAAAACCUCAGAUUAUAUUGAUAGGUGAUAGUGGUAAAUCAAUUCCUUGUUCAGAUAACCAUACUGCCAAUUUACACCAAAAAAGAGCCACAUCUGGACAGUACCAAAAUAAGUGUAUCGUCUUCUUCUUUAUUACCAGUUAUUUUCCAUGUUUUUAACAUUUUAACAACUCCUUCAAGAACUUGUCUCAUCUUCAUCAUGUAACACCUCAGUCUUGAUUUUUGACGCUCUUCCUUAAUCUAAUUCUGUUAAUUUGCAUCCUCCUUAUCACGGUAUUAGAAGUUCAGUACAUAGUCAGUUUCCACCACUUGAUUCAACAUGCAGUGAACAUAAAAUCUGAACUGUGAUUAUUUGUCCAGCCCAUGAAGCCUCUGAGGGCCGCAGCCACAACUUCCCAACCCAUGCUGACGAUCCAGCAGAUAGAAACCAUCUUCUUCAAAGUGCCGGAGCUACAUGAGAUCCACAAGGACUUCUACGAUGCUCUGCUGCCCCGAGUCCAAGACUGGGGUCACCAGCAGUGUGUGGGAGACCUCUUCCAGAAGCUGGUAUGGCUUUCACUUUUGUUAAAUUUAGUUUAGAAAAGUAAACAAACACUUUUAUACUGUAGCAGCAAAUUACAUCUUAGUAUUUCUGUCAAAUCCAGCAUCCCAGGUGAUCCAUCAGUGUUAGUUAUGGGCUCUAACAUACCCAUACCCCUAGACCAUCGCAUUUCAUGACUCACCUGUGGAAAGAUCCAAACAGGUGUUUUUGAAGCAGUCCUCAAUUUUACCAGACUUUCGUUGACCCUGGAACAACUUUUUAGGAAUGUGUCAAAUUAAAAAUGAGAGGAUAUUUGCAAAAAGAAAUCAGUUUGAACAUUAAAUAUCUUUGUAGUGGAUUCAAGUGAAUGUAGGCGGGAAAGGAAUUGUUUUACUCAACAUCCCAACUUCAGUGGAAUUGGAGUUUGUCAUUUCAAGGAACAACUAUUGAGGAGGGGCUUUCAUGACCAUGUUUCUGAGCAGACGACAAAAACUUGUUUAUCCUAAUUUUUUUUAUAACCGGAAUGCAGCAGGAAAUUGUCAGCGUGCAGAGUAAACAAGGAAGUCUGACAGCAGUGAAAUACAAAGCAUGUGAAUGGCUCAUGAGAGUUCAAAGAAGAAACGAUUGUCUGCUUUUUCAGCACUUUGAACGCUCCUUCAUCUGCAGUACAAAUGCUUGAUUACCAUGCAAGUAUCCAGUCCAAUCCGCUUUAUUCAUACAGCACAUUUUAAAAACAUUUAAAAGUGCUGCAAAGUGAAAUUAAAAGAACAAAAACUGCAGAAAACAUAAAGAGGGAAUGAAUAAAAGCAAGUAAAAAACAUUUAAAAUGAAAUAAAAUAAAUGAAAUAAAAACACAAAAGGUGAUAAAAGGACCAUAAAAGACAGAAAAGGACACAACUCUCAAGCUGAACUAAAAGCCAAGGAAUAAAAAUGAGUUUUAGGUUGCAAUUUAAAAGUAUAAAGAGUGGGAGAUGUUUUAAUCUUGAGUGGCAAUUCAUUCCACAAUUUGGGAGCCACAGCCGAGAAAGCUUGGUCGCUACAGAGUUUUAAAUGAAUUUAAGGGACAAUGAGUUGAAGCUGAUCAGCAGACCUCAAUGAACGUUUAAGAGAUCAGAGAUGUACCGUGGUGCUGAUCCGUUUAAAGAUUUUAAAACAAACAAUAAAAUCUUAAAAUGAGCUCUAAAAUGAACGGGAAUCCAGUGGAGGGACGCCAGAAUUGGAGCGGUGUGAUCAUGUUUUCGUUUACCUGUUAAAAGACUGAUUAUAUAACAUGAAACCUCUCAACAUUAGUUUAUAUGAUAUUUCAAAUAGACCACCAACUUUUAGAAAGUGAUGACAGCACUUUUUAAACGUCAUGCUUUUUUCCUGCAUGGUCGUAGAAAUAGAAGAGACUUUCAAGGGUUAAAAAAAGGAAAAAGCCUUUGAGUGUUGGUAAUGUGGAGGAGCUCUUGCCGUGCACAUGUGAGUAGACUGCCUGGAGUCACAUCCCGGCCAGAUAAAAGCCUCGCUCCACCACAUUACAGGCAGUAAAAGAGAACAAAACGCUCCAUAGGAGGUCGCUGAAUAAGAGCUACCUCAGUCUCUUCUGUUAGCUGACAAAGAUGAAAACAGCAAAUAUGAUUUAUACGUGUAUUAAUAGAUCGCUACAUGAGAAGAGAUUGACUCUCUGGCUCUUCCUGUAAUAACUACAUCAUACACCGGCAAUGCAAAGUACCAGCAAUCACCGCUAAAAGCUCUCCUCUGUCAUGAAAUAAAUGUAAUCUGCUCUCUUUUCGGUGCCCUGUAGGCCAGCCAGCUUGGAGUGUACCGGGCAUUUGUGGAUAACUAUAAGGUUGCCGUGGAGACAGCGGACAAGUGCUGCCAGGGGAAUGCUCAGUUUGCACAGAUAUCAGAGGUAUGUAGUCAUGCUGCACACAGCAGGACUGAGGCAGACAUGUGUUUGAUGUUGCACAGCUGCCGGCGGGGACAAGUGAUGACAAAGCGGUUUUCAGCGGUCCAGAGCCACACCGCUCUGCGCAGAGGUGCUGAUUGGUUUUAAUUGCUCUGUGGGGAAGUUGUUUUGAUUUAAUGAGCAUGUUUUUUUUUUUCUUCUCACUGUUCCCUUUGGUGUUUUUGCCCUCCCAGAAUCUCAAGGUGAAAAGCACAAAGGAUUGCAAAGACCAGUCAGCUAAAAAUUCACUGGAAAGUGAGUAGUGAGUGAAAUGAAUGACCAGCCUCCACAGAAAUCAAUAUUGCUAUAAGUAGUUGAUCUGCGACUAGGCCUGUUGAGCUAACUCUUCCUCCUCCUCCACAGCUCUUCUCUACAAACCUGUCGAUAGAGUCACGCGCAGCACCCUCGUCCUGCAUGUAAGUCAACCUGCCUGGAUAAAUAUGGAGCAACAUCCGAUCUGCAUGAAGAUUUUUUUGUUGAUUAAAUGUGUAAUCAUUUCCUCUUUUCCAGGACCUUCUGAAACACACGCCCUCCAGCCACCCGGACUAUCCGCUGCUGCAGGAUGCUCUGCGCAUCUCCCAGAACUUUCUGUCCAGUAUAAAUGAGGAGAUUACCCCUCGAAGGCAGUCCAUGACCAUUAAGAAGGGAGAGGUUGGUGAAGAAAAGCAGAACACUUUUACUAACCAGAUUGAUGUAUAAACAAUGUUUAACAAGAGUCUGAGUUGAGGAAAUAAAUAAAUUAAGAGGAGCUAACCCUCGCCCUUUUUGUAGAGAACUUACAUCCCUUGCAGAGGGAAAGUUCAGGGUUUUAAUGACAUGAUGCUGCAGACUAGGGCUGGGCAAUAAACCGAGGGGGUUGAGCAUCUUGUGGAGAAGUUAUCGUCCAUUUAUCGUUAUCGAGGUGAACUGAAAUAUAUCGUGAUAUUGAUUUGAGGCCAUAUCUUCCAGCCCUACUGCAGAUACCACCCGCAGCUGACUUUCUUCAGCCGUCAUGCUGCAUCUCUGGGAAACUCUGAUUCAUCACAUUUCUUUUAGUUUUACUUUCGCAUGUUGGCAAGUCUGCAUUUGCCAGGUAGCUCCUAACCUGGAGCGCCAGAUCAGCCCAGCAGCUUAACCCUGCACCCGAUCUUCAAACUCUGGACUGAAUCCUGCCAAUUUAUUUUUUCCUUAUGUUCUCUGACUCUCUACUCUGACAUCUAUCUGUUAAGCGGUCCUGUCUAAUAACAUAGCUUAAAAAUGGCUCCUAACUUCAUGUUCAGCUGAUAGUCAUAAAUCAUGAGAUGUUAAUUGCAUUAGUACUUAAAGGUUGACCAAAACUAGGGUGACCAUAUUCUGAAUCCCUAAAAUGAGGACACGACUACGCGGGGGUGGAGUCACGGAGUCACGGAGUUGCACUUCAUAAAUUUGGAGUUUUUCGGGUCGGGUCGAGUGUUGUUUUAUAAGCUUCUAAGUCAGUAAGUCCACGCGACACAAACUCAAAACUUCCGUUCAAAACCCGGGACAUUUGAAGGAUUUUAUAAACUCCCUCAGACUGGGCCGGACAGCCCUCAAAAAGAGGACAUGUCCGGGUAAAAGAGGACGAAUGGUCACCCUACCAAACCAAUCUCAGGGGCAUUCAUGAAGUGUUUAAUUGACUGACAUAGUGAUGUUGCCAUAAAAGCCAUACUGCUGGUGUUAAAGGAGAUUAGAGGAGAUUAGCUACUUAAAUUCUUGGUUCAUAAAACCCUUGGAUGUAGACUUGAGCCCAAAGUAUAACAUAGUGUGCAGAAUAUAAGAACAUUUUCACGUCUAUGAUUUUCUCAAACAGCAGCUGGUGGAAUUCAGGAUCAUAUCUGCCCCCGUAGAUUGCAUCAUAUCGUGGCUGUUCACCGCAAAAGCUCCGAGCAGAAGGUGUCUGGAAGUUGCCAUUAAAUCCGAGUGUGAGUCAGGUUGCUGCUGACUCAUCUCAGCCUGUCUGCUUUAGUUGUGAGGGAAGAGGAAGCUCGUGACAAAGCAGAGCAAACACUAGAGGCGAGGGGGUCUCUGUGCAGCAAACCAGGAAAACCUGUUGGUCAGCCCCUUCGUUCACACCCACACCCACCCUGUCCUGUUGCAGCGUCUACUGUGUUUCCCAGAAGUGACUUACAGCUUCACUUAUGAACCUCACUGUCUGCCCAGCCUUUUCCUCAGGGUAUGGACCAAUUCACUCCUGCUGUAUGACCCCCUCUGCCUCUUCUUGUGCACGUGUCUCAGAGCUGUGACUCAGAUGACCUGACUGAGAACUUCCUUUGUAUUUUCUUGGAGUUGGCCUCGCCUACGAUGGCGGGAUAUUUAAUCAAAGAUCUUCUUGGGAAUACUGCUCUGUGUAUUGUCUUCCCAAAGGGAGAUCUAAAGAUUACAAGAGAGCAAAACAAACAGAUAUAAAUACUUCUGGUAAACUCUUGACUGUAUGACACCCAUUGUUGAUGUUUGCUUCGUGGUUGACUGUAAUCGCUACGGGUGUUUAAACAUACAUAUUGGUUUAGUUCCAACUCUUGUAUAUGCCUCGCUGCUAAUUACAUAGCAUCAAAUAAAAGAGAUCCCACUGUGCACAGCCACAGCUCUUGUUUUUCCAUUGGAUUAUUGACCCUGCUGCCUCUUCUUGAAACCAGGGCAGCGCUGAACAUGUCAGAGGGCCUGGCCGACAUGUCUGUAUCCAACCAGAGCUGAGCUGAGCUGGGGUGUGCAGCAAACAUAGAGGAAAAACCUCGCUGCAGUGGUUUCCUUGUUUUUGCAGUAUGACGGUUGAUGUGGGAUGAUGAAGUCUCACAUGGGCAGAGUCGCUGUAAACAGUCCAGAGGUCAAAAGGCAAAGGUGGAAUGUAGAUACACGCGGCUGCAGGAAGAGCUCGUGCCCAUUUCAUGUGCCUCUAACCUCAGGCUGAAAGGAUCAAUGAGGCUUAGAGGAGCUUUGAAAAUUCAGAUUUAUUAUCAAAACAAGAUAAUGGACAGUUAACAGGAAAGCCGGCGUACUGAUACAGUAUCCAGCUGGAGCAUUUAGUGUAUAAAGAGAAUGACUUUCAGUUUUACUCCAACAGGAUGUGUCAUUUUAACUGCAGUUUAGUCAUAAUAUCAUGAAAACAUUCAACUUUGAUUUGAUUUACUGUAUUGCACAGUUGGAGUCGAGUUGUAAGGAUGUUGGUUAACAAUGUUCACCUUCUUUGUUGCACGUAGGCAUGUCAGUACUUGCCAAUCCAUCAUGAUUAUUAUUUCCCUCUUCUUUCUCGUUUUUGAUUUUUAUUAAUGAUUUAUUGUUGCAAACUUCUGUUCAUAUUUCCUGCCCAUUAAGUACCACUCAGAGCUGUGUGAUUGUACAUCAGUGAAAGGAUGGAAAGUUAGAGUAUCACCAUAGUUUGUAUUAAGUGUAAUGAAUGUGUUUAUAUGCUGAUCCUGGUUAAUGAACAGUGAACACUCUUUCUGUUUCUGAUUUAUUGUCUUUUAUUUACUCCCAACAUGAGAAUGUAUAAUCAUUGUACACCACAGACAAUAAAAGAUCAGAGGCGAGCAUACACAUCAGCACAAAGUCAUUGUUUCAGGAACCAAAACAAAACCAGUUUAAAAUAAGCACCAAUGUAGAGCAUCAAUCAGAUCAGCUGUGAGUGUGACAUCUAUUUGCUUUUGGUGCUAUAGAAACAGUGUUUCCUCAAAAGUUAUAAAGAAUAAAGAUUAUUAUGAGUGUGUCUGAUUUAUAUGACAGCUAUUUGCUUCACCUCUAAUGAUGUAAUUUCUGGUUUCCUGUCGGUAGAACCGUCAGCUGCUGAGGGAUCGCUUCAUGGUGGAGCUGGUUGAAGGUUCCAGGAAACUGCGUCACGUCUUCCUCUUCACUGACCUGCUGCUCUGCACCAAGCUAAAGAAACAGACCGCAGGGUGAGUAUUGGGUGAUGUCUGAUCCUUGACCAGCAUGUGAGCGUGACCGAAACGUGGCGUCCAUAGUGUAACAGUUUGUGGUUUUUGUGACUAGAAUAUGAGGAUUAUUGAGUGAUAGCAUCAUUUAAUGAGACAUCUUUUCCUCUGACAGGAAAGGGCAACAGUACGACUGUAAGUGGUACAUCCCACUGUCUGACCUGAUGUUCCAGAACAUCGAGGACUGCGAGUCCACCUCCAUCCCUCUGGUCCAGGACGAGGAAAUUGAUGCCAUGAAGAUCAGAAUCUCCCAGAUCAAAAACGAGAUCCAAAGAGAGAAGGUUGGAUAAACACACCCCAAUUAACAAUCCAAAAUCCAGCACAUAGUUUAUAAUGUCCUUUUCUUAUUGGCAACAUCUUUUUAUUUCACCGUUUAUAUUCAGAGAACCACCAAAGGAAUCAAAGUGAUCGAGCGGCUAAAGAAGAAGUUAUCAGAACAGGAGUCGUUGUUGCUCCUCAUGUCUCCAAACAUGGCGUUCAGAGUGGCCAACAGGAAUGGAAAGGUAAGUCCCCAAAACGAAUUCAAUCUACCUCUUUGUUUAUAAGUUAUCAGAGUUUUCUAUUGAUUUAGGGAACAUGCAUCAGCAAUGAACAACAUCCCAGUUUGGUCUUUGCUGCCCUCUGCUGUUGACAUGUUGACAUCACAGCAUAAGACUUCACUGCCUCACAGUUUAUCCUCUCUAUAUGUCUUUUUAUUUUUUUUAGGGUUUCAUGUUUCUCAUCUCUUCUGACUAUGAACGCGCCGAGUGGAGGGAGAUCAUUCGUGAGCAGCAGAAGAAGUGUAAGAUGUCCAAAAACUUUCUGCAUAUUUUCAUUCAUGGGCAAAACCGACAUACUGAGCUCUGCUGCUCAUCUUACAAAUGCACGCUUCUUACAGAUGUGGCCCAAUUAAAAAGGGGAAAUAAACAAGUUUUCCAACUGCAAAGAAGUAUUUUUACCACAAAGAAACUCUUUCACAAUACUCCGAUUUACGUUUUUGUUUCCUUUGUUUACCCUGCAGGUUUUAAAAGCUUCUCUCUGACUUCCCUGGAGUUGCAGAUGCUCACUAACUCAUGUGUGAAACUUCAGACUGUUCACACCAUCCCAAUGACCAUGAAUAAAGAAGGUUUGUCCCCAUGUAUUCGAUAUAUAUAUUUUUAAUUCAGCAUGUACAUGACGAUCUAUCUUUUAUUUUCAUCCUAAUCUUUAAUCUGAACUCACUCCUCCACAGAUGAUGAAUCCCCUGGUUUAUAUGGCUUCCUAAAUGUCAUUGUGCACUCUGCGUCUGGGCUGAAAAAGAGCUUAAGUAAGUGGCUUAUUCUCCCUGUUUUUUGUGGAAAUCCUUUCACUAAUAAUUCCAGAGGUUGCACAGGGAGUCACGUCAUCCUCUGUGUUAGUCUGGGCUGAUCUGCUGAACCCGCCCUCUCUCUGUCAGAUGGGUGCGCAGCUGCAGGGCAAAAAGUGGGAUUAACCGGGGACAGUGCGCAUAAACUGCCUGUAGUAUGCCUCUCUCAGAUUACUGCCUUACUCAUCUGUAUGAUUAGACCACAACCUAAGAAAGUGAUAUGAACAGUAUGUCACCAGAGGGACGACUGGUGGAGCAGCAUGUGGUUGCAACAUUGCAGGCUUUCUACUCUACAUCCACAGGACGUGCCUCAAUCAGAUGACUGAUAUGAAUCUUUGUUUUUAGUUUUGUUCUGAUCUCCCUCUUCUUGUGUCCACAAGACCUCUACUGCUCCCUCGAGGUGGAUUCCUUUGGCUACUUUGUCAACAAAGCCAAAACACGUGUGUACAGAGACUCUACAGAGCCGAACUGGAAUGAGGUGAGAGUGCAGAUCAGAGGAGAGGUCUGAAACAUAAAUAGCCAGUAAACACUGUUUAUUACAGACAUUCUGUUGAAAACAAAAGCAUGAAAUCUCGGAAAGUUUUCAGAAAGAUGUAGCAGGCUAAUACAUAAAGUAAUCCCUCUUUGUGCUCCUUCUAUAUCCCAGGAGUUUGAGAUCGAACUGGAAGGCUCUCAAACUCUGAGGCUUCUCUGCUACGAUAAAUGCUGCAACAAAACCAAGCAGAGCAAAGAAGAUGGAGAGAUCACGGACAAGAUCAUGGCCAAAGGACAAAUAAAGGUGGGGAUAAAUCAGGGCCAGGCUUCAAUGUUGGGCUUAGAAGAGUUUGAUGAUUUUGUUAGAGAUACCCAGCAGAAGAUUUUCAGAUCUCAACCAAUAAAAUUUGAGAAUUUAAAAAGAUUUGACACAAAUGAGUAAAUUAAAGUUGUUUGUAAACAGGGGUGUGUCCAGACCUUUUUGACUGGGGUGGCCCAGUCAGGGAAAUGACGUAGGCAGGGGUGACCCAAGUAUAUAUGCACGCACACACACACAAACGAAUAUCAUUUACAAAGGCAUAUAGGCGGUCAUAGUUCAGGAUUGACUUAGGUAAGGUGAAGAUAUGUCCUUUUUUACCUGGACAUGUCCUCUAUUUUGGGGGCUGUCCGGGUUUGUCUGGCCUUGUCCGGGGUAGUUUAUAAAAUCCUUCAAAUGUCUGCAGCCUUGCAUGAAAGUUCUGAGUUUGUGUCACGUGGACUAACUGAGUUAGAAGCGCGUUAAAGACACUCGAUCUGACCUGAAAAACUCUCAAAAUUAACUCUGUGCGACUCCGUGACUCCGCCCCUGCGUAGUUGUGUCCUCUUUUUGAGAAGUCAGAAUAUGGUCACCCUAGAGUAAAUUGAAGUUGUUUAAGUUGUAAACAGGGAUGUGUCCAGACCUUUUUGACUGGGGUGGCCUAGUCAGGGGUGGCCGGAAAAAAUAUGUACACACACACACACACACAAAUUAUUAUCAUUUACAAAGACAUAUAGCCGGUUAUAGUUCAGGAUUCCUGUGUGGCUGAUCAGAUCUUGGGUGUCAUUUCCUGCUUUUAAACUCGUGGUGGACUGUAUUUAUGGCCUCUCUGGGCUGCAGUUUCAGAAAACCUCUAAUCAGGCUCGUUUUAGUUGUUUUUAUUUACAACUUCUCACUGGCUUUUUUAAAAACUAUCCUAUAUAGCAACAAAGCUUGACCUUAAAUUAGCUCCCGCUCCACUGACGUUCAUCGGAAACAAAUCCGUGUCUAUGUGGGUGGACACUGCUCCCACAUGCGACCGCAGGACCUUCACAGUGGUAACUUGCCUGAACUGCUGACCAACCAUUAGACCUCUGUAGGCUAAUCCUGCCCUGUGGGGCCCUUUGCUGUUGAAAAAAGAAAUGAGCCAUUCUGUUGCCUGUGGCUUGCUUUAACUUGACCCAGGCUCAGUGUGUUGUGACAGAGGGCGGAUUAGACUAAGAUUGGCUGAAUGUAGCUGUUGGCACCGCUCCACAGAAUGACAGAGGGAGACAGACACAGAGGGCUCUUAGAUCAGGGAUUUAUCUACUGACAUCCUUGGCUAGAUACAAGCUGGGUGAUUGAAGAGCUAACAGCCUGGAGAAAGGACACCUGUCAGGUAUUUUAGAGAUUUCAGGAGCUUUGUUUUCCUGUUGGCCCCUCUGCUUUGUUUCUUCAUCUUCAUCCGACUUUAACUGAGAAAAACAGACAAAGAAAGAUACACGAGUUGAAAUAUUUCAUUCUUACGAAAUCCCUCAUGUUAAACUGUUGAAUAACCUGCAUCAAGUCUUAUAAAAAUGGGAAUUUAAUCGAAGUAGUCAGUGCUGGAUUGUGAAACCUUCUCCGAGGGUGCAGAAUAGGUAUUUUUGACCCUCUGGAAAAGGUAGAAGUUUAUAAAAAGUUAGGGUUAUAUCAUGACUUUUCAUAAUUAUUGGGAAUUGCCAUUAGAGGUCACAGGAACUGCUCAGUUGUGGUCCUGAUAGUCGGGUAUACCUGCACUUGAGGUGUUGGAUAUCCAGGAAGCUCUGCUGACUGUGGCAGGCAUGAGCACGUUGGUAAUGAGGGUAGGAGGGGAUUCUCAGGAAUUAAUCCCCUAAAUCCAUCUGAGAAGUGGAACAACGCAAGCAAGCGUGCGCGGUAACCUGCGUGGCUUUGUUCUCUUUUGGAUUCCCUCGACAAUGAAAGGAUUUAGGUCAACAAUGCAGAGAAAAAGACACUGAAAGACACCGGUCCGAGAGCAUCAGGAUUCUUCGAGGCGAUGUGACCGACGUCUGGUUGUUCUAAGAGGAGGGACCUGCUGCUCUUGUUGGCUCGUGUCAGUGCUGUAGUGAUAUAAGGUGUCUUUGUUAGUCAGGGGAAGAAGCAUUCAGAAAUCAAAAGCUCAUGCCUGAAAGAACGAGUGAGAGUCAGGAGGAGGAGGGCAUGGAUCAGGUUAGUGGUCCAGAGGAAGAGGGAGACACCCAUCAAAGAAGAACCCCAAGCUCAGGGGCUCGUCUGUGGGAGCGCGUCCGCAGCAGUCUGCUCAGGCCGAAGGUAAAGACGCACAGUCACUUCAGGAGUGUUGUUUUAAAGGGAGGUCGCCUCAGAACUUACAGUGAAGGAAAAGUUUUUGUUUCUUGGCUCUUUUAUGAAAAUGUGUAGAAAUCUAUUUAAAUGGUACGGUGUGUUGAACCUCUGUUGGGAUUUAUCUCUUUUCAGGUGUCUACCUAUGAUUCGUACUGUCUCUAAACGUAAAAGUAUAGCAUAUUAUUUCAUUAGUCGAAGGAUGAUCUAAAGGGGAUUUCUUCGUAUCCAGGGAGGAGAAAGUCAUCCAUGAUUGGUAAAGCAUUAGGACGGAUGUUAUUAAAUUACACAUGGCUCAUCAGUGCAAAUAAAGGUCAAUGGGCAGGUAUUAGUCUGAUGACUGAAAUAGAUCAGCGGCACGAGACGACACUGCCCGACCAUAUGGACCGUUUAUGUGAGGCUGUGUUGUGGCUGAGCUGGUAACACUUUAAUUCAGCCGACUUUCAUUCGUUAAUCCACGCAGAAAGUGUCCUCAACUGGGACGGGAACCCCAGUUAAAUUAAAUCAUUACAACAUUAAAAAAUUAAAAUGAUGAUUGUCUUUGUUUACUUUCAGCUGGAUCCUCAGGCGUUACAAAAUAAAGACUGGCAGAGGACAGUCAUCGCCAUGAACGGGGUAAGUGUUUUCACACUAAGGGAAAGAUUAUUUCCAGCACUGAAGUUGAAGUUGAAAAAGCUGGUCUUGACCAAAAUCCAUUUACAAAGACCCAAAGUGAAGUUGGGAUGAGACUGAGCCCCGUCUUUUAAGCUCAGACCCACUACUGUUUUAUUCUUCAGUUUUUUAGGUAAUCAUGCCUCACGUAGACCCAUUGUCCACGACUGAGAAAAAAAUGACUUACCUACGAAGACCAUCAGGUUACCUUCUAUAACAAGUCUUUAUUUGUUUCAGAUCGAAGUGAAACUUUCCAUGAAGUUCACCAGCAGAGAGUUCAGUCUGAAGCGGAUGCCGUCACGGAAACAUUCUGGCGUCUUUGGCGUGAAGAUCAACGUCGUGACUAAGUGAGUUUGUUACAUGUGUCUCGUGAUAAUGUAAGCCAGCUUUUACAUAUCUUUGCUACUCAGUGAUAUUCUAACCGAAAUAUAUUUAUGUGUCCCAAGUUUGAUUUGUCUUCAUAGCAACUUUCUAAAUGACAGCUCUAGUUCACUGUAGUGUCAUCAGUUGUAUCAUCGGUGUCUCAGUCAGUCACUCAGUCUUUAUUUAGCACCAGUUCACAAGUAAUGUUACAUCAAGAUGCUCAAUAAAAAGACCCACUCUAAACCCAUCCAGAUGAGCGUAGCAUUUUGCAGCAUUUAGGAGAGGAAAAACUUCUUUUAACAGGCAGAAACCCUGAGCAGAACCAGACUCAUGUUAGACAGUUAUCUGCCGCUGUUGGGUUUAGAGAGAGGAGAGAGGGAGAUGCAGAAAAAGAGAGAGAUUGGCAGAGACAACAACAGUAGUACACACAGUUUUGUGGUUAGUGACAGAGAUAAUGGAACAAGUAUUUUUUCUCCUCCAGGCGAGAGCGCUCGAAGGUUCCCCUCAUUGUGAGACAGUGUGUGGAGGAGAUUGAGCGACGGGGGAUGGAGGAGGUGGGAAUCUACAGAGUGUCUGGCGUGGCAACUGACAUCCAGACACUGAAGGCGUCUUUUGAUUCAAGUGAGUUAAAUCUGGAUUUAAUUUGUCAUCAAAACUGACAGAUUAAAAGUAGAGAAGAACUAGAAAAACCUGACGACAGACUGCAGAGUGUUUUGAAUUCCUGGAAUUGACUGUUUGUCUCGUCUUCCCCACAGACAACAAAGAUGUGUCAGUCAUGAUGAGGGAGAUGGACGUAAAUGCCAUCGCUGGAACACUGAAGCUGUAUUUCCGUGAGCUCCCAGAGCCUCUUUUCACUGAUGAGCUUUACCCUAACUUCACUGGAGGCAUUGGUCAGUCACCACCUCUUUGUUUUUGUCUAAACAUGAGCAGCCAAGAGGACAGAGAUAUGUCUGUUAGCUGAGUCACCACUAAAUCAUGUCUUCUUUUGCCUUGCAGCUCUGUCCGACAGUGUGGCCAAGGAGAGCUGCAUGCUCAACCUACUGCUGUCUCUGCCGGAGCCCAACCUGGUGACCUUCCUCUUCCUGCUGGACCAUCUCAAAAGGUGAAAACAUUUGAACUAAAUAUAUGAAAGAGUGAAGUCUAAAUAAGAGGACUUGUUCCAUGUUGAAUGUUGAAUUUCUUUGUUUUGCUCUCACAGAGUUGCUGACAUGGAGUGUAUCAACAAGAUGUCUCUACACAAUCUGGCCACAGUUUUUGGCCCGACUCUACUCCGACCCUCUGAAAAAGACAGUAAAAUCUCCAACAGCUCACAGCCGAUCUCCAUGAACGACAGCUGGUCUCUAGAAGUCAUGGCUCAGGUAAAGCUUAAACCAGGAUAUUGAUGAGUUACACGCAAACGAUUGAUCUGCCUUUGUGGAUCUGAUCCCUUUCUUUCCGUGUUUGUACGCAGGUGCAAGUCCUUCUCUACUUCCUUCAGCUGGAGAGCAUUCCUGCACCUGACAGCAAACGUCAAAGCCUUCUCUUCUCCACUGAAGUAUAGCACUUAAAUAAAAACCCAUAAAUAUUCUGUUUAGAGGCAGAAUGUCAGCUGCUUUAUGUUGUUGAUGCUGCUGAGCAGUCAAUGCUGGCUGUUUUUUUAUUUCUAAAGUUACUGAAAUUAGCCACAAGGUGGAACUAUUUACACAUUACAAACUGGAGACAGCCACCAUGAAAAGCCAUUUCUGCGAAGAAAUGAUGAGUGUGUGUUCUGUUUACAUUUGAGCUUACCUGCUGAAAAAACUAUAGACCCAUGCCCAGCUUGUAUCAUUCCAUUCAUAACUUAACUUAAAUUACAAAAAGCAUAAAUGACAGCACCGUAUUUCCUUUACCCUGGUCUGUUGCCGUGUACAUUAGCCCCAUAUUAACAGCAGGGGGUUCUGCUGUAUUCAUAUUCGUCUGAGUUGUUUUUCUGUGGAUGGAUGACUGAUGAAUGUUUGGGGUGAAUGGUCAUAUUUUUUUUAUGUCUGUAAAUGUUUAUUUUCCCAGAAAUGUUUGACUUGGUUCAAAGUUGCCUGUGCCAAUGUUUCCCUGCUGAUAACCAGUAGAACAUUUCAGUUACCCUGAUGUUUACACACUAUUCAUUUGUACAGAAUUUGAAAUUAAGAGACUUAAAACUGUAGUUAUCACUCAGCAACAUGCAGGCAUGUUGACAUGGUCGUUUGAAGUGUUUUGCCAUCUGUUCUUUACAAUUUGUACUACGUCCUUCUUCAGUUCAUGAUGUCCGUGUCGGUAUGAGUGCUUUUAGGAGAGGGUACAGAGAAGUGAAAGGCAAAUCAUUCCAGGGAAAGGCAAGGCUUGAUGCUUUCAAGGAAUGUAAACUGUGAUGUGUGUUAUUGUAAUUUCACGGUUGUCUUUUGUCCAUAUCUCACAUUUUUCCUCAUUGUUUUUAAGUAUCUGUUGGAUUUGAUUUGUUCAUUAAAAGUUACGUAUGUGUUGCUCUCUGCAUUCCUCCUCUGUAGUCUACCUUUAUAAGACGAAACCACACUGCUUUUGAAAUGAGAGCACCAGCAGAUUAUCUCGAAUACCAAAAUGUUUCCAAGUUGCAUGCUUGAUGCUCAGUGACGCACAUCUAAGCCAAUUGGUCAUCAGAUGCUUCGUAUUAUUUUUUAAAGUCAUAUUUCUUUCCAGAACUUCUCCAGUAUUCAAACACUUUAUGGCACAAACUCUAAAAGCUUGUGAUUUAUGUCAAAUAAGCAAUAACUCUUUGUGAUCCUUAGGGUGAAACAUGAAUAGAUGGUCUUCUAUGUAUGAUUUAUGUAAAUAAAAACUUGGUAACUUUA